UUCCAAUCAGACCCCCGAGUGCACUGCGACUCCGCUCGCUAUUGGUCCCUGCUGCUGUCCGUCACUUGCGUGAGGCGUGGCUGGGAGCGUCGGCAGCCCCCGAGGUGGAAUAAGUCUGCCGAGGUGGGCGGGUGCGAGGCGGGAUUGACGGCCGACAGCCCAGUCAGGAGGGAGAGGAGGGGGCGAGGGGCGGGAUGGCGCCCUGGGCGCGCGAGCGGUUGAAAGUCCUUUCUGAGAGAGCGCGCGGGAGGGAGAAGCAGGCGGGCAGCUACGAGUUGUUACUGUUGCAGAUUAGAUCUCAUCUGUUUAUCUGGUUUAUUUUAACUGUUUAAAUAGUUUGUCAAGGAGGGCGAGAAAGUGGACGUGGCCUUGCGUGCGUUUUCAUGAGUCUGUGUUGUCGAGUGUAAGCGGAAAAGAGCCCGUCGCCAUGAGUGCGGCCGUGUCCCAGCAGGCGCCGGACGUGCUUCCCGUGGAGGAGAGCGACUCCGACAGCGGAAAGGGCAGCUGCGACCUGAGCCCCCCUGUGCCCACGGGGGGCGCCCCAGCGAUGGCUGAGAGCAGCGAGGACCAAGACUCGGACGGCGAGGUGGCUGUGAAGAGGAAGCCGCGCGGCAGGACGGCCCUGAGCGACAGCGACAGCGAGGCCGAGGAGGGAGGGGGGCCGGCCGAGGCUCUUGCCCUGUCGGAGUCCAGCGAGGAGGAGAGGCAGGAGGGAGGAGGCGGGAGGACAGGACAGCGGGCGAGGAGGGUGGCGCAGGCCGCCUGGGACAGUGAGGACAGCGAGGCGGAGACGGACAGGCAGGCCGGCAAGGCACAGGGAGAGUCCCCUGCUGGGGAGACGGUGAAGCGGGAGGAGAGGUCCGAGCAUUGCCGGGAGAAGGACAAGAGGAGGGCAGAGGCUGCGCAGAGAGCGAAGAGGAACAGGAGGAAAGAGGAGCCCACUGCUCCCCCCUCCUUUAAUGACAGUGGCUGCCUCCUCAGAGACAGUGACCUGUUUGACACAGGUGUGGGGGAGGAAGAGGAGGAGUCCCUGGAUGCCAUCAGAGCAGCGAUGAAAAACAAGGUGAAGAAGCAUAAGGAGAGAGCCGGGAGGGAAAAGGAGGAGGCUGAGGGGGUGUGUCAACCAGAGCGGAAGGAGAGGAAAGCAGCCCGGGCCAGCAAAGAGGCCAUGAAACAGCUGCACAGCGAAAGCCAGAGACUCGUACGAGAAUCUUCCCUGGGGCUUCCCUAUCACCUGCCUGAGCCCAAGAGCAUUGACCAGUUCUUUCGGAGGAAAGCCAGGCCCACGGGCCCCGCCAUGGCACUGCUCAAGUCUGCAAACUACCAGCCCCGCAUUUCAGAAGGUCCUACUACACCUCAGCCAGCCCAGAACCAGCUGAAACCAGACCAGACUGUACAAGACCUGACUUCUUCACAGGUGAUCCCAACACAAGCCGAGUCAGAACCAGCUGCAGCAGCAGAGCAUCACUCUGAAGUGGUGCUGGAUCCAAAGGAGAGCCAAGCCAGUGUGGACCCGCCAUCAGCUGCGCUGAACCAGAACAAAGACUCCCCCGACUAUGGGCUUGCUGACAAUCCAGGCCUCACUCUGAUGGAGUGCAGUCAUGGUGAAGCCCUGCCCUCAGUAGCACAGGGAAAGCAAGCAGUGCUGGAACAGGACCAGAACCCAGAUGCACCAGCCCGAGCUGCACAGCCCGGCUCCAAGCGAGGGGAACAGCAGGAAGAGGCCGGGGAGCAGCCGCAAGGAGCCUCCCUCGUUCCCAGCAGCAGCCCGCUCCCUGUCGGAGAGCAGGAGGGCAGGGGGCUCCGCAAGGACAAGCUGGCCCGGCUUCGAGAGCUGGGCCUAGACCCACCGCCCAAACCCAGACUGUGCGCCGACGAGGGGGCCUUCGUCUGCCUGGAGCCUCCCGCUGUCAACUCUGCCCUGGAGGCCCUGAAGGAGCGUUUCCUACGCCAUGCUCAGCCCGUGUCCAGGCCUCGCGGAGAGCAUGCACUGCAGCUCGGCAUCCUGCGCAAGGACAGGGCGCCCUCCGGCCACGAGGAGCUGGUGACCGACACCCUGACCGUCACCGUGACGGAGGGGGAGGAGGAGGUCGUGCACACCAAGCCAGGGGAGAAGCUGGUGCUGCUGAAGUCUCGCCUCCAGCAGGCCAUGGCACAGCGCAGGCUGGAGGAGCGACAGAGGCGGGCGGCCCUGCAGAAGCUGGACAACGAGGACUGCGAGGAGGAGGAGGAGGAGGAGAUGACCGACGAGUCCGAAGGAGAAGGAGAGGGUGUGGAGUCCCUGCUGGGCCGGGAAGAGGAAGGGGAGGAGGGAGUUGAAGGCGGUGAUGCUCCAGCCCAGAGGAGCUGCUCACCACCGCCAGACCCCCUGGCCACUGAGGGCACCCUGCUGCUGUUCGCGGGGAGCUCCUGCUCACGCACUGGGGAGCAGACCGUGGAUGGGCUGAGAAGAGCUGGACCAGCUGGGCUGGAGGGAGACUCCAAACUGGAAGACGACGACUCUCUCUCGCUGCCCAAGGACAGCAGCCACAACAGCAGCUUCGAGCUGGUUGGCUCCAUGAUCCCGUCGUACCAGCCGGUUGGCCGGGCUACGGCGAGGGGCGUGACAGCGGGGGCGUUCCGCUCCCCGUCUCCAGGCCUGUACAGGCCCGGCUGCCUUAGCUCCACCUCCAAGAGCUCGGGGAACCCUUCCUUCUCCCUGUCUCUGCCCGUGGAGGACUCCCAGGACCUGUACGCAGAGCCCGGGCCCUGUGCCCUGGGAACUGGGGACUCUCAGGGGCGCUUCUCUCUGGAAGAGGAUACUCACAGCCAGCUGCUGGAUGCUGAUGGCUUCCUUAACGUAGGGCCACGGGGGGCCGGGCAGGGCCAGUACCAGAACCAGAAUCACAAGCGCCAGCUGAUCUUGGAUAGCCUGGAUGAAAAUGCCAUGGAUGCCAACAUGGGGGAGCUGCUGGGGCUGUGCUCAGGCACGUUCAAACUGCAGCCUGUCACCAAUGAGGGCAGCCUCAGGGGGGCGCCGGAGGCCCGGGGCCUGUCUUCUCAGGAUGAGAACAUGGGGGAGCUGCUGGGGCUGUGCUCGGGCAGCUUCGCCACACAGGACUCUGCCACUCGGGGAGGAAGUGCGGCGGAGCGGCAGUCUAUACCAGCGCAGGCGCAAUGUGGGGGCGCCUCGGAGGAGGACGUGGAUGAACUGCUGGCUCUGUGCUCCGGGAAAUUCACCUCUCCAGACCCCUCUCCCGCCGAGAAGUCGCCCGGUCCCGCUCCGCACACAGUCCCCGAGCCUGGAGUCAGAGGGGACCACCAGCAGCAGGAGGAGGAGGAAGAUCGGGAAGAGGAAGACAGCGAGUUCCACCUGCUGUCGGAUGUGGGAAGUCUGAGUAGUGACAAGGAGGAGAGCGAGAGGGAGGAGGAGUGCGAGGAGGAGGAGGAGGAUGAAGAAGCUUUAGUCCAGCGGGGAUCAAAGCGCAAGCUGCGUCUGGCGGAGUUUCUAGAGGAGGAAGCUGAACUGUCUGGCAGUGAGGUGGACAGUGAGGAUGAGUAUGAGGAGGCCGAGGGCAGCGAGUAUGAGGAAGACGAGCUGCAGGAGGAGCUUCCAUCUGAUGAAGAGUUGCAGGACCAGGUCAACAGGAUCCACAUGAAACAGGUGCUGGACGAUGACAAGCGGCGGCUGCGUCUCUAUCAGGAGCGCUACCUGGCUGACGGCGACCUGCAUUCCGACGGGCCGGGCCGGAUCAGGCGGUUCCGCUGGAGGAAUAUUGAUGAGACAAUCGCAGCUGGGCUGAUGGGUGGAGAGGAUGAGGGAGAGGAGGAGGAAGAGGAGCUCGAUGAGGCCGAGAUGCAGAGGAGGAAGGACAGGCUGGAGAGGGAGCUGUGGCUCCAGGAGCAGGCAAAGAGCAGCAGCAGAGCAGGGGAGGAGGAGGAGGAGGAUAUAGGAGAGGGCAACCAGUUCAUGAGGCUAGCCAAGAAACUGACUGCCAAGAAGCUGCAGCAGAAAGAAGCCCCUGUGGUCCCAGCAAAGGAGAAGCAGGUCUCAGUGGAAACGCCCUUCCAGAGGCCUGCCCCACCCAGCCUGAUGAAGAGGGGCUCUCUUCUUAACCAGCCCAAGGCAGUGCUCCAGAAACUGGCCUCUAUCUCGGACUUGAACCCCAAUGCACCCCGGAACUCCCGUGGCUUCCUGUUCCAGACGCUGUCUCCGGAGAAGGCGGCGGGGGACAGAGGGCGCCCCUUGACAAAGGUAAAGAGAGGCCAAGCAGAAGCUCCGCUCCCAGACGCAAAGCGGCCCUGCAGAGAUUCCCCAGCCAGACCCCAGAGGAGCAUCUUCCGCUACCUGGAGAGCUGAGGGCUGGACCGGCACCAAUGGAGGGCUCGGGGCAGUUGCCAAGUUCACUUUUACUCAACAUUGCGGCUGUGCAGGGCAGUGACCACACUGCCCCCCCUCCUCACCCCCUGACUCGCACAGAGCCCACCCUGCCGGGGCAGAGCUGUUCCUACAGAUGCUAGAAGACUAGCGAUGAUGAUGAUGAUGAUGGUGUCUUGACCACCAUUAUCACAACAGACCACAGAUGUAGACGUACCUCAGUGAUGCCCAACAUGUAGAAACUGGUUUCACCAGCUCAAGCAACAUUUUCUACAACCAGUGGGGAUAGAAACCCUGUGUUUUUCGGGGCUCCCUGUGGAUCUCUGCCAUGAUAUAGCAGCGACCCCUCAGGGGCACGUGGUGUCCCUCAUACCAGACUGGAGAGCUCGGGCCUCAGAGGACGCCCCAAGCCCUGCGGCCCUUCCCCCUGCCGAUCACAUGUCCAUUCAUUGUUUUUAUGUUGUAAAUUAUUUUUUAAGCCUUUUUUCAGAUGUUUUUAGGCUAUAUAUUAA